AUGUUUUUUUUUACAUGGGAUCCUUUUGCAGCAAUGCGUAGUGGAAGAACAACAACUUCUUUAAUUAAAGUUUCAGCAAAUUCAUUUACAGAUGAUGUUGAACGACAAAUUCAAAUUUAUGAGAAUAAAUCGUAUAAUUUAUCUGAAGACAAUAAUCCAUUGUUAUUUUGGCGUGAACAACAACAAACUUUGCCAAUUCUAUCCAAUAUUGCGAAAUCUGUAUUUGUUAUACAAGCGUCCUCAGCAGAAUCUGAGCGAAAUUUCUCAAUAGCUGGACAAAUUGUUCCAGAAGAAAGAUCCCAAUUGGAUCCUGAAUGUGUAGAAUCAGUGGUGAUAUUAAAAGAAGCAUUGUUAAACAAGAUGUGGCCUACACCAAACUACUACUACUAA